AUGAGCAAGUUCCGGUUGUCCCCCCCGACCGCCCCCGCCCCCGCCCCCGCCCCCGAUGUUCCUUACACUUUGAAACUUAUGUCAGCGUCUCUGUGCCAGCUGUCAUUGACUCUUGAAAACCUCCAGGAGCAACAGAUGGCGUCACGUGAAAGAGAGCGACAGAGCGAAUUCGAGAAGAAGGAAAAUGAGAUGCAGAAUUUGGAAAAACAUGUCAAUUUUGAAAAUGAAAACUCAAGGAAGGCGUACUACAGGGAAUUUAAGAAGGUGAUUGAAAGGGCAGACGUUAUUCUGGAGGUUCUGGAUGCACGUGACCCUCUGGGCUGCCGAUGUCCACAGGUGGAGCAGGCAGUGGUUCAGAGUGGCACCAACAAAAAAAUAGUUCUGGUGCUAAACAAGAUUGAUCUGGUUUCAAAGGAGAUUGUAGAAAAGUGGAUAAAGUACCUUCGGAACGAGUUCCCUACUGUGGCCUUCAAAGCCUCCACUCAGCAACAGAACAGAAACCUGAAGCGCAGCAGUGUGCCCAUAACGCAGGCCUCCUCUGAGCUCCUGGGCAGCAGUGCGUGUGUGGGGGCCGACCUCCUGAUGAAACUCCUGGGGAAUUACUGCCGCAACCUCGACAUCAAGACCACCAUCACCGUGGGUGUGGUGGGCUUCCCCAAUGUGGGAAAGAGCAGUCUGAUCAACAGUCUGAAGCGUGCUCGCGCUUGCAGUGUGGGAGCCACACCAGGUGUUACCAGGCACCUUCAGGAGGUACACCUGGACAAGCACAUCAAGCUUCUGGACUGCCCAGGUAUCGUCAUGGCGACCUCCACGUCAGACGCAGGGAUGAUCCUGCGGAACUGCAUGAAGAUCGAACAGCUGGUGGACCCCAUGGAGCCAGUGGCAGCCAUCCUCAGACGCUGCAACAGGAAUGAGCUUGGUGGAAGUGUGCCCGUGGUGUUGGGGAGCACGCCAGGCCGGGUGAUGGUGGACACCGUGUCCACCAGGGCUUGGCAGGGGUGCCCGUCGAGUUGGCAGUGA